UGCAGAGCUCUCUAGCUGACUCUGAGCGAGCUGCGUUCGCUAGCUAAAUCUUCCUUUCUGGUGUUGGUGGGCGCUACAAUGGCGCCUUCUGCGGAUAGUGCCCUACCGGCGCCCCUGCCGUCUCUAGCUUUGGCGGCUCUCUUUGGAGCGGGGAUCGCUCUUGCGGGUGCCUACUACUUCCACCGACAGCAUUUGAAAGAGUUCGAGCUGUUGAGAGAUGGGCUGCAAAGGGGAUCCCUUCGCAAGGGAAGGAAAGGGGAGCGGGCGCUGUCCGGAGAGGAGGAAGAGGAUGCUAGGCACCCCCGACGGAAGAAAGCUAGCCAAAGCCCCACUCGACGGAGGCGCCACCCCCCGCAUGAGAACGGGGGAGCGUUCGACCCUUUCCGGGGGGGUGCGCAUCUUGCCCCCGGUGCUACCCUGCCGGACGGCAAGGCUGCGUCGGCUGCCCGCAUCUCAUCCGACUUUUCAGACCCGUCCAAAAUGCCCACUGUUUCGAGCCUCCCCCAUUUGGGGAAGCUUGAGAGGAACAUCUCGGAGCACAGCCGUACGGAGACGCCGGCGGGGGGCACGAGCGCUAACGGGAUGCCCCCCUUGCCAAGGAUCGCUACGCACAAGCUGGAAGCCGGCAACAGUCUGUCCAAGUCAGGGACGCGGCGUGUGCAGAGCCUGCAGGACCUGCGCAAGUCGGCGCCAACCUCGCCCGUCAAGAGCCAGUUCGCGCGCGUGGAGAUGACCGACGAGGACGAUGACGAGGCAAUGCAGGCGGAGGCAGAGGAACGGUUGCGACUGGAGGCUGAGGGAGAGGACGAGGCCCCAGGCAACGAGGAGGAAGAAGCCGAACGACAAGAGGAAGAAAUGAUUGCCAAGAAGGAGGAGCAAGAACGGCUCAACUGGCACGUGCCGGACCCGGAGAAAGGGGCGACUUCUGCGGACGGCAAUCUCGAGCCGGAUGCGCUGCUGAAAGCGCCGGAGCCGAUUGCGGCAUACGAGAUGCGGAAGAAGGAGGAGCCGGAAACGUAUACGAGGGUGAUGGUGACCCCGGAAGUGGUCCCCGGUCCGGAGGAGGUCGAGGUGUGCAGCAUGCUCCAGGAGUGCAUGGAGCUCCGCAAGAAGUACGUGUAUCGUGCGAACAUUCCCCCCUGGCACAGCGACCAGAAGUGGCCCGCGCGCGACCCCGGCACGCACAAGCUCGUCGAAAGCCCGUUUCAGUACAACCCCGAGCAGGGGACGGAGCACGUGUUUCGGAUGCGCGACGGCGUGAUGGACGUGUUUGCGGACAAGAACUCCGAGGAGAACCUGUUCCCGGUUCCCGACUCGGUGGAGUUCUUCACGGACCUGCACCGUGUGCUGCGGAUAGCCAACUACGGGGGCGUCAAGACCUUCUGUCACCAGCGGCUGCGGCUGCUGGAACAGAAGUUCAACCUCCAUCUUAUGCUAAACGCAGACCGCGAGUUCCUGGCUCAGAAGUCCGCACCCCACAGAGACUUUUACAAUGUCAGAAAGGUGGACACGCAUGUGCACCACAGCGCGUGCAUGAACCAGAAGCACCUGUUGCGCUUCAUCAAGUCCAAGCUGCGCAAGGAGCCGGACGAGGUCGUCAUCUUCCGCGACGGCAAGUACCUCACGCUGCGCGAGGUCUUCGAGUCGCUCGACCUCACCGGGUACGACUUGAACGUGGAUUUGUUGGACGUGCACGCGGACAAGAACACGUUCCACCGCUUCGACAAGUUCAACCUCAAGUACAACCCGUGCGGGCAGAGCCGGCUGCGCGAGAUCUUCCUGAAGCAGGACAACAUGAUCCAAGGCCGGUUUUUGGCGGAGCUGACGAAGGAGGUGCUGAGCGACUUGGCGGCGAGCAAAUACCAGAUGGCGGAGUACCGCAUCUCCAUCUACGGCCGCAAGCAGAGCGAGUGGGACCAGCUCGCGUCAUGGAUUGUCAACAACGACCUCUACUCCGACAACGUCGUCUGGCUCAUCCAGUUGCCCCGGCUGUACAACGUGUACAAGGAGAUGGGCAUCAUCCAGGACUUCCAGACGAUGCUGGACAACAUCUUCAUCCCGCUCUUCGAGGUCACCGCCGACCCCGCCUCCCACCCGCAGCUCCACGUCUUCCUCCGCUCCGUCGCCGGCUUCGACAUGGUCGACGACGAGAGCAAGCCGGAGCGGCGUCCGACAAAGCAUAUGCAGACGCCGGAGCAGUGGAACAACCCGUUCAACCCCGCGUACUCCUACUGGGCCUACUACGUGUGGGCGAACCUCACGGUGCUGAACCGCUUCCGCGAGAGCAAGGGGUAUACCACGCUCACCUUCCGGCCGCACUCUGGCGAGGCGGGCGACAUCGACCAUUUGGCGGCGACGUUCCUGACGUGUCACAACAUUGCGCACGGCAACAACCUACGCAAGACGCCCAGCCUGCAGUACCUCUACUACCUGGCGCAGAUUGGGCUGGCGAUGUCCCCGUUGAGCAACAACAGCUUGUUCCUGGACUACCACCGCAACCCGUUCCCGAUGUUCUUUGCGCGCGGCAUGAACGUGAGCCUGUCGACAGACGACCCCCUCAUGAUCCACCUCACCAAGGAGCCGCUCGUCGAGGAGUACUCCAUCGCCGCCCAAGUGUGGAAGCUGAGCGCGUGCGACCUGUGCGAGAUCGCGCGCAACAGCGUGUACCAGUCGGGCUUCCAGCACGACGUCAAGGCGCACUGGGUGGGUGACAAGUACUACCUGCGCGGGCCGGACGGGAACGACAUCCACAAGACCAACGUGCCGCACAUGCGCGUCGAGUUUCGGCACGAGGUGUGGGAGGGCGAGUUGCAAUUCAUCUACUUCAAUGAGGCGGACAUCCCACAGGAAAUUGACUGCUGACACGUGGAGCUUACGGCGAGCUGGCGGGCCCUCAGAUUCUUUGCUUAUGGUCCUAUCAGUAACCAUACAUCCAGUGCCGAUUGUACAUAGCUUUUGCUGUCGAAAGGUAGAUAUUGGAGCCAUGGCGAGCUCCUAACCGAUUGUGAGGCGGUGAUUGGUGAUUGCUGGUGAUUUGGCGUGGCCUGAGCGCUGUCGGCAGCAAGUUUUUGUACAAAUGACUCGAUUGAACACUCCAAGAUGGUAUCCAUUUGUCUGUAUACAGCAGCUGACACCCGCUUGCUCUACCCACAACUUCUCGAGCUUGUCAUUGGUACACAUUCUUCUACUUUAUACAGCCGCU